UACAACACCCAGAGUGCACAAGAAACCGGCUGUUGGCGGUGUGACGACCGAAAAGGGUGACGUAAUGCUUUAGUGGUGGUGAAGAAGGUUCGCAAUGAGUUAGUCCUGAAGUGGAACGAAAUGAAGAGAGGUUGAAAGAACUGUAAAAUAUGAAAAAACUGAAUUUCUGAAAAAAAGUCUAAAAAAAGAGCAAGACAUUUUUCUAGGCUGUUUUUUUUUUGUAAUGUGCAAGAACAAUUAAGCACAAAGAGGUUAUGCGUUUGUGUUUUUGCGAAGUAUUUUAUUGUAGUGGUGUUUGAUAAUAGUUUAGGAGUUUGUUGUAGUUUUACAAUGUCACCACAGGAAAAUAAAACGUAAUGGACAAUGGUUUUUCGAUCAUUUCUAAAAAAAAAUUAAGUUUUUUUUUAAUUGAAUAACUAAACCAGAUGUAAAAUCGUUUAAAAAUACGUACUGACGUAUACAUUUAAAUUGCUGUGGCUUUAUUAAAUUAGGUAAAAUAAUGAAAAUCAUGUAUACAGUAGUUGGAAAUCGUGAACUAUUGAGAUAAGAUCUAUCGGAUGAUUUUGGAGAAACAGAAAUUGCAAAAAUAAUGUCUGCGACAAUGCAGGCAUACAAAACUUUACUUCUGUUCAGUUAUUAAUGCUGGUCUUGUCAGCUUUACGGCUCGCGUUCUCGAGUUUAGGUUUAGGCAUACCGCCUGUAUCCCAGAAUGCAACGGGCAGCAGCGCCAGUAAUGUGAUUGGCGGCGGGACGGGACAGGGAAGAGAGGCCGGGACGUUGUUUUUGUUGCCGAGGAACAGACGGAUGCAGCGAAGUCAAUGUUUGCGAGAAGGAACUGACACUUUUUUUGAUUGAAAUGGUAUCAUGCCACUAUACAGUCCUUGAUGCGUUAUAACGUCGGGGAAUCUGGACAUAAAAUGAAGAACAAGAAACUGAAGUCUGCCAGAUUAGGAAGCAAAAGAAAGAAAGCUCCCAGUGAUGUCUCCCCCUCCACCAGCCUCCCCCCUCUAGUGGAAGGCCAGCUGCGCUGCUUUCUCCGAGUGACCGUCAGCAGGAUCUUGUGGACCGUCCCCAAGCCCCCGCUGGCGCCGCGGGUCCGGCUGCGCUGGUGGGGCGAGUCGUCGGACGGCACUUGUUUCCGCCCCAGGGACAGCUCUCAGACCGAGCAGAGGGGCGUCAAGACCACAGCGCGCUUUGCCAUUCGAUGUGGUCCCAAGCAGUUUACCUCCUACCUGACAGAUAUGGGUGCAUUGGUUUUGGAGGUUUUAACCAAACCAGACCACCUCCCUGUUGGCCGUGUUCAGAUCAAUGGCAUAGCUCGACUGUCUCCAUCUCAUUCCAUCAGUGGGUUCUUCACCCUGGUGUCUCCCACCUCGGAAAAGCUGGGAGAAAUUCAGGUUUCUCUGUCUCUGGAGCCGCUGUCAGAGACCUAUGACAGCAGCAGCUCUGUCCCCACCACUGAUGUGAGUAUCGAUGCUGCAAUGUCCUCUGUCAGCUCCAGGUCCAAGGCUGUGUCACAGGAGAACCUACUGGUUAUCCCUUCUCUGCCCAGGCGUCUGUCUGUUAACAGCAACAGUGGAAAAGAGUCUGCAGGCAGCAGUGUUGCAAACACACCAAGGGGGAAGGAUCAUUUGUACUUCCAAGAGAGAACUGAGAACCAGAAAGAGACUAGCUUUCCCAGUACAAGACCUGAAAGACCUGAAGAUGGCCUGAGGAGUCUGAGACUACCAUCCCAUCACCACCAGGCAGAGCAGGGGCCCUCCACAGAGCCCCAGGGCCAGACAGCCUCAGACAGUAGGCCUGAAGCACAUAAUAAACAAGCAAGCAGCCAAGCCUCUAAGGACAUCUUGUCAGUUCUUCUAGAUCGUGGGAGCAAGCUCAGGGAUGCCAUGGUGGUUUCUGCUCUCAAGUCUGACUUGGAUUGUGAGCCAGCUCUAAAGGACAUUCCCCUGCCGGUCUUUAAAGAUAACAUCGACACACCAGCGCCCCGCUUGCCUUCAUCAGGGAACCUACUGCAGAAACUUCUGCACUCGGACCCUGGUCUCUUGCCUGCUCAAAAUAACCUCCUGUUGUCACCAGAGUAUCCUGAGCAGGACUGCACUGCAGACACAGAAAACCGAGCCAUAGAGCUGCUUCUUGGCAGUGUUAAUGGGACUCCACUGCGAUACUUGGAUGGAACAGGUUCACCCCCUGAGAGUCUAUCAGAGAACAGCAGUAUCUUUGGUGACAGUGAACUGAAUGAUCCACAUUAUGACCAAAGUCUGUUAGAGAACCUCUUUUAUAAGACCCCUAGAUCUGACACCAGCCUGAGUGAUUUUGGCAGUGAAGAUAAUGAAAAACAGUCUGUGAAACGGGAACUGAAGACCAGAGAUGUGAUAGGACUAAAUGAAGAGCAGCAGCUUAGACAUUCUCAUGGGGCUUCAUCUGGUCUGAGAAAGAGCAGCAGGAAUAAACACAGUUCAGUCUUGGAAGAAGCGAGACCGACCGGAGUGAGAGACAAGUCCAGAUCCGCUACGCUGAGCGUGGACCAGAUCACCCUGCUGGGGCGGAUCCAUCUGGCCAGGGUGGUCAUCCACACCCUGGGCAUCCCUCCUGACAGCACUCACACAACACCCCGCCAAACGGCAGGCAAAGGGAGACCUCCCCGGCCUCUGACCACCAGGAAGUGCACGUAUUUUGUGGAGUACCUCUUCCCUGUAACUUCAUCCAGAGGGCAGGCUGGUCAGAUUUCCAUGGCAACUGAAGUCACUCGAGUCGCUUCCAGCAAAAUAACCGGAGGAGUUGUGAAGUUUGAGCAGCGGUUUGUGUUCCCAGUUCAGUUCAGUGGGGCCACUAUUGAACGAUGGUCGAACAUGGAUCUUGCCUUUAAGAUCUAUUCAAGGAAAAGCUCACAAAGAAAGCCUUUUCCUAUUGGUAUAGCACAUUUCCCUCUGUGGAAACUCCUUCAGUCUGAGGAGCUGAGUUUGUCGGCAGAGUUAUCAGUGUCGGCCCUUGAUGGAGAGACAGAGAAGCAGGAUCUGGGCCCUUUGAAGGUGUCAUUUGAACUGGCAGCAGACAACAAAGAUUUUUCUUCAGCCCACGCCAGGGUGACAGGAGCCUCUAAAACCACUUUAAAUGCUGUUACCAGUCCUGGAAAAAAGGCCGUCCCCCAGCAUUUCAACUCCAGCAGUCAACAACAGGGCCCUGAUGAGCCCAAAUGCAACACCUCUGUACACAUAACGGAAAGCACUGAGGUGGAGGUGAGCAGACCCGAUACAAUUGCAGAAGUCCCUACCAAGAGCGGUAUACAGCAGCCUGUGCCUUGCCACGCUCCACCCAUUUACAAUUUAAAGGACCAGAGAAACCGCAGCUUUGAAGAGGAAGGUGGGCUUCUGUUGCAUGUAUUGCUUAUGGUGCCCAAUGGAAAGGACUUUAAAGUGGGGCCCAUGCAGUCCUGCAAUGUCUAUUUAAACUGUAAGCUGUUUGGUUGUGAUGAAACCACAAGAUCUCCUGUCAUUUGGGGCCAGAAUCAACCGACGUUCAACUUUACUCAGGUUGCUCCUGUGACACUGACCUUCAGGCUGCUGGAAAGAAUGAGGAAUAAUGUGAUGGUGAUUGAGGUUUGGCAGAAAGUGUCAAGCCCAGGGCAGGAUCUUCUCCUUGGGCUAGUGAAGCUGCCACUGCACCAGUUCUAUAUGUCCUUCAGAGAUGCAAAGAUUGCAAACCUGUUGCUCCAGGCUCAGUACCCUGUGGUGGGGGUAGAUAGCUAUAUGCCCGUCGUGAAUGUGUUUACGGGCAACAUCCAAGGCAGCCUUCGGGUCCUUCUAGCUAUGGGCUUGGCCGAACAGAUAGCAGCACUGCAGCGUUUGAGAGACGAAGAACUGACUUCAGUUCCUCAGCCCCAAAGACCACUCCAUUCGCUGGACCCCAUGCCAAAUACAGAACCUAAGGUUAGUGGAGCACAUGAGGAUUUGAUCAGAGAGCACGUGUUUGAGAUCACAGUGGAGCGUGUGAAGGGACUGACUCCUCUGCAGUCCACUGUUUGGGGAGAAGCAGACUGCUACGUCCAGUACAGCUUCCCCACUCAGGACACGGACACACCAGGGUCUUUGGACUCCCAGGUGGUAGAAAGUGGAGUUGGCAUGAAGCUGUUCCGCACAGCUACCACCCUGUGCGUACCCGACCCCGUGUUCAGUCACAGUCUGAAGCACUCCCUGCUGGUCCCUGCAGGGGUUCCUGUGCAGAGGCUGCUGCUCAGUGCCUGCUCUAGGCAGGGGUUAGAUGGAGGAGGGGGCAUCCAUUUUGAAGUCUGGUGCAGGUAUUACUACCCCAACGUGCGAGACCAGGUGGUAGCCAGGGGGGUCCUGCCUUUGUCCAAGCUGUGUGCCAUGGUGACCAUGCAGAGAGAGGAGCAAGCAGGAGCCCAGGUCUUCAGCCUGCCACUGGUCCCCAGAACAGAGCCUGCCCCCGGCCACCAGCCAAACCCUUCAGGCUUGCUCGAUGUGUGUAUAUUGUACAAGCAUGGGCCAGUGAAAACAGACUGUGUGAGGGAAGAAGCAGUGGCAUCGCGAGUUGUUUUUUUGGCUGUUCAGGUACACAGAGCUGCAGGACUUAAGGCUGCUGCAAGGGCUGUAGCAAAGCGAGACGGUUCAUUCCAGUACUACAUGGAUGUUGGCGUUAACACGUAUGUCACUAUCCAGCUGGCUUUCUUCCCAGAGAGUGAGAGGAGGAGCACACGAGUUGUAGCUCGCUCCUUCUGUCCCGAGUUUGACCACCACACUGAGUUCCCCUGUAGCCUUCAGAGCCGUAGGGCCAGCGGGGAGACCUGCAGCCUGGCAGAGCUGCUGGAAUCGGCUCAAGUCCUCUUCACCGUCUGCCAUCGAGACAGCCGAAAGGCAAUGGCUCACAGAAUUUCAAAGGACACCGUAUUAGGAACAGUAAAAGUACAGCUGGCAGAGUUGAUUCAUAAAAAGACAGGAAUCUCAGGGUGGUUCGCGCUGACAGUGUCCCAGGAUCCUGCCUCCUCCGAGAUGCUGCAGAGCACCGGCGGGGGUCUGGAGAUCUCGGUCAGCUUCGCUCACCACUCGGACAGGGAGAGGGUUCUGGGCGCCGCCAGGGCCUUGGGCUGGGCCCCGGGGGAGGACGGCGAGGGAGAGUCUGGGAGCAGUGAAGAGUGGGAGGACGGGGAAGAGGCUGUCUCCAUCGCCGUGUCUGUCCCCGUGGUCUGGCUCCCGCUGCACUGCCUGCUGCCAGCCGGCAGGAGAGACCUUGACCGGUCCACUUACUGCUACUUCAGAUACAAACUGUACGACAGGGAGGCCUUCUGCUCCCCGCUCAGGCACCCGUCCCCAGAGGAGGACGGGGACGGGGUGGUCAGCGUGACCUUCCCGGGGAACAGGGCCGUGGGGCUGAGGAGCAGCCAGCCGCUGCGCUGGUACCUGCGGGAGGAGAAGCUGGAGGUGCAGGUGUGGGUGGCCUUCGGGAAGGAGAAGAGGCCCAGGCCGCACGACGCCGACCGGCUGGUCGGCUCCGCUCACGUUGACCUCUCCAGGCUGGCGAGGGGGACUCGGCGCCAGCUGGCAAUCAGUGGGGUGUACCCGCUCUUCAAACGCACUGCGCCGGACUUGGCGGGAGCCGCCCUGAGGGUCCACAUCGCGCUGACCCCGGCCAGCUCCUCUGACCGCCCAGAGCCCGCCACGCCCGGCGGGCAGAGUGGAGCCGAGGACGGCAGUGACGAGGAAGAGCCUGCCGGGGUACAGGAUUCCCAUCAGCCACGUGAGGACAGUCGGCACGAAAGAAGACCAUCGCUCGUCGCCGAGCCGCCAAGCUCUCAGGCGUCUGAGGUGGAUUUGGAAAAUACGUUUGCUGUGACGAUCACUGUGGAAAGAGCCAUGCAUCUUAGCCUAAAAGGCAGCCCUCUGGUAGAAUGCACUGGAGUGAAGCCCAGCUGCUGUGUGUCGUAUGCCACUGCGGAUGCUGCCAAUCCUGUCACAACACAGGUCGUAUCGGACAGUGACUGUCCCAUGUGGGACCACCAGGUGCAGACCCGGCUUUCAAAGGAAAUAUUAGUGGAUCCCCAACAGACUCUGGUGUUCAAAGUCUGGCAUAAAGGAGAUGUUGAGCGAGUAGUUGGGUUUGCAUCUGUUGACCUGUCCCCCCUGCUGUCGGGGUUCCAGUGCGUGUGUGGGUGGUACAACGUCACGGACUUUAAUGGGCAAUGCCAGGGGCAGCUCAAAGUGUCCAUCUCUCCCUUGGAGACAGUGCAGGACCUUCGAGAGCAGAGACUGGCCGCAUCAAAAGGCAACACCAAGGAGUCCAAAGCAGCUUUGCAAGGUUCUGCACUAUCUUAUCGGACUUCAGCCAUGUACAGUGCCUUCCCUACUCAUAUUACCAGAUAUCCUGAGCAGCUUGUUAACACCUUCCCAGAGCAAGCUGAUUUCUUGGUAUCUGAAAGUCGCCAUGAGAAGCACAUGGAGAAUGUACGCAGAUUCCACCAGAGCCUACAGCAUGAGCAGAGAAACCUCCACAGUGCUCCCAGCAGUGAAACGCAACCAUCCCAGUCCUCACUGGUCUCGGCUCUCAGGAAAAAUCUCAGUGAGCUGGAUGAAAUUCAGAGGUAUUUCAGUCGUAAACUGUCCUCCCAAACAUUUCCAAGCAUUUCUGACUCUGGGACACUGUCCAGACGAGAUGAAAACGUGGACCCCAUGACUGAGAACAACAGAGACUCUCAUGUCACAGAUUCCACACACCUGCUGGCAAAGUCAAGCAGACUGGUUGGGGAAGUGAAUAACCUGCUUAGUGGUCUGCAUGAGAGAGAUAUGGAUGUUUUAUCUGAUCAAGCUCCCCACCUGCCUCAGGGCAGCAGCUGGUUGGUUGGCUCAGCACAGGACUGUACUUCACCAAUAGAAAAGUGUGAAUCUCACGAAAGGGACUUUCUUUUACCUAAUGUAGCAGAUGACAUGAACCACACUGUCAAGAGUUCCCCCCCAGCUUCUCUUACAGCUGAUGUCCCUGAUGAAACCAGUAGCCAAGAAAAGAUCUGUCCAGUGAACGCUGAGGAGGAAAAGGAUUCAAGCUCUGAUCAUGAUCACAGCGAAGGUGACGGUUUUGCCAGUGGUUCACACAGUGAAGAUGAGUAUGAGGAGACAGUGGUACAGCCAAGACCCCUCAAUGAUGUGACUGCAAUGACAGACAAAACCAGCCCCUGGUCCAGCCUUCUGUCGGAGGCCGACAUGGCUUCUGUGGAAGAAGUGGAGAAUUGGCCAGGCCAGGAACAUCUCGAGAACGAGUCAGAUUCUUCCAGACAGGAAUACAUGAGAGCAGACGGCAGCCCUUUGCCAGAUAUCUUGCAUGAUGGGCACUCCAGCAUGCCUGGCAGUGCAAGAACAGCAGAGUCACAGAGUGUGGGUGACUGCGUAAGGACUGCAGAGCAGAAGGAUUCUGAUGAGUUUGAAGAUGGAGCUACAUUCAGACUCAAUGAAACUGAAGGGGACUCCCAGAAACAAGAGAACAGGGAAGAUGCAGAAUCUAGUGAACAUGUCAGGCUGGAUUUCUCUUCGGAUGCAGAGGACCCUCCAGACAGAAGAAAAGGCACACAGGCCUCGGAGUCCUGUGAAAGAAAUGAGGACUCGGGUGACGAGGUAAUGAGAUUACCAAACAUCUCGGAGCAUCUCCAGGACACGCUAGACAGAAGUGGGUCAGGAGAGGCAGCUUUUCGUUCAAAGGAUGAAAAGGAGUCACCGACCAAGUUGUCAGAUUCUGUGCUCAUUCCCAAUUUCUUCCUCCCCGCUCAACAUCUGGAGACGUCAAUGAGAGCUCUGCACAUAGCCCCAAUCUAUCCGUCAACUUCCUCUGAACCAGCACAACGUUGUGCUCAGCAUGGAAUUCCUUUCAGAAGAGCUGCUCGCCUAAGGCCCAGUAUACCCUCAGCUUCUAAGAAGAAAGAAGAAACAAAAAGAAUUGCUAAGAUAUUUGCAGCUCAGUUUACCGAGAAAAAAUAGCCUUUUACUUUUUGUGUGUUUCUUGAUGUGUUUAUAAAAUUAUUUAUAAAUUAUGAUAUUUAAAUUCUCCAGUAAUAUUUGGGUGUCAGUGUGUCUAAUGUUUAGACUUUUGUAAAUGUAAAUGUUUUUACUUUUUAACGUGUAGUAUUUUUGUUGCACAAAUAAAAUGUUUUUUUUAUCAACUGAGUGUAUUCGGAAGCAAUUUGGUGAUACAGUUAUCAUUUUAGAUAAUUAUAUGUUUAUGUGGAAACUGUAUAAGGUGUUACACAGUCUGAAAUCUGACUCCAUGUUAACAAACAUGUAUGUAUGUGAUCAUCAAGAUGUAACUUCCAGAUAUCUACAGUUCAAGGAAUUUCAUGCACUGAUAUUUCUCUUUGUUUGUAUUCAGUCCAUGAAUGCAAACAAAGUUACGUUCGUCACAGCUUGCCACAGAGAGAAAAACAAGCACUUAAGGAAUUCAGAAGUAGUCUUUCGUGUAAUUUGGCCUUUUUUCACGUUUCAAUCCAGGUUAAGCUGUAAACUGAGUGGUUUGACUGUCUUCUCAUCCAGUAGUCAACAUCACAGGUCUCCACACUGUUAUACACUGAAACUCACCCUGAAACACCCACGAUCUAAACAGUACAAACUGUGCUUUUUAAUGCGAGGGAUGCUAGAAAUAUAUGUUUUGCUUUGUUGCACUUUGUAAAGUCUCGUUGAGUCUCAUCAUAAUUAAAAAUGAAUCAUUGUUACUGUUAUUGAAGUACGUGGAAAUGAGAGGUAUCACAUCCUGGAAAUCAGCUCAUCUAUCGUAGGGAGUGUUGUAAUUGGUGUUCAUUUUCAGCUAUUCCGUGCAGUUUGUGAAAGCCUAAAAAAAAAACAAUCU